AUGUUGUCUAGUAAAAACGACAUCGUCUCAGAGGCAUGGAACACUACGACAACAACAACGCAAACGCAAACGCCACACAGACCUUCUUUGAUACACCCAACUUUCUACUGGAGUUACAACUGCCAAGUGCUUUUCUCGGGAUGGCCUGGUUCGAACCGUGGGAUGUAUGCUCUCGCACUUAUUUUCGUCUUCUUUUUGGCGUUUUUAGCUGAGUGGCUCGCUCGGUGCUCUGACGCAGCUUCCACCGUCAAACCGGGUGCAGAUAAGCUUGCGAAAGUUGCGUUUCGUACGGCUAUGUAUGCCGUCAAGUCUGGCUUUAGUUACCUUGUGAUCCUGGCCGUGGUUUCGUUCAACGGCGGCGUUUUCAUAGCCGCGAUUUUCGGGCAUGCUCUUGGGUUUGCUGUUUUCCGUGGGCGGGCGUUUCGGAAUAUGGGUGGUCGGGUCGACGGUUAA